CAGACCUGUCGGCGAAAGGUUGAGUCUCAAACAACGUGGACUUGAACUGCACGGGUCCACUUCUACGCAGAUAUUUUUCAGUAAAUACAUUUUAUGCCAGCGUGGCUUCAUUCAUACAGAUGAACCAAGGAUUGGGAUAGCAAUAUAAAAUUAGAAUCAGACAGCUGAUUGCCCAGCAGGAUGCCAUCAACUAACCGUGCGGGCAGCCUGAAGGACCCUGAAAUUGCAGAGCUCUUCUUCAAAGAAGAUCCAGAGAAGCUCUUCACAGAUCUCAGAGAAAUUGGCCAUGGAAGCUUUGGAGCAGUGUAUUUUGCACGAGAUGUGCGCACCAAUGAAGUGGUGGCUAUCAAGAAAAUGUCUUAUAGUGGAAAGCAGUCCACUGAGAAAUGGCAGGAUAUUAUUAAGGAAGUCAAGUUUCUACAAAGAAUAAAACAUCCCAACAGUAUAGAAUACAAAGGCUGCUAUUUACGUGAGCACACAGCAUGGCUUGUAAUGGAAUAUUGUUUAGGAUCUGCUUCAGAUUUACUAGAAGUUCACAAAAAGCCAUUACAAGAAGUGGAAAUAGCAGCAAUUACACAUGGUGCUCUCCAGGGAUUAGCCUACUUACAUUCUCAUACCAUGAUCCAUAGAGAUAUCAAAGCAGGAAAUAUCCUUCUGACAGAGCCAGGCCAGGUGAAACUUGCUGACUUUGGAUCCGCUUCCAUGGCAUCUCCUGCCAAUUCUUUUGUGGGAACGCCAUAUUGGAUGGCCCCAGAAGUAAUUUUAGCCAUGGAUGAAGGACAGUAUGAUGGAAAAGUAGAUGUAUGGUCUCUUGGUAUAACGUGUAUUGAACUAGCGGAAAGGAAGCCUCCUUUAUUUAAUAUGAAUGCAAUGAGUGCCUUAUAUCACAUAGCCCAAAAUGAAUCCCCUACACUACAGUCUAAUGAAUGGUCUGAUUAUUUUCGCAACUUUGUAGAUUCUUGCCUCCAGAAAAUCCCUCAAGAUCGCCCUACAUCAGAGGAACUUUUAAAGCACAUGUUUGUUCUUCGGGAGCGCCCUGAAACGGUGUUAAUAGAUCUUAUUCAGAGGACAAAGGAUGCAGUAAGGGAGCUGGACAAUCUGCAGUAUCGAAAGAUGAAGAAACUCCUUUUCCAGGAGGCACAUAAUGGACCAGCAGUAGAAGCACAGGAAGAAGAAGAGGAACAAGAUCAUGGUGUUGGACGGACAGGAACAGUGAAUAGUGUUGGAAGUAAUCAGUCUAUUCCCAGUAUGUCCAUCAGUGCCAGUAGCCAAAGCAGUAGUGUUAACAGUCUUCCAGAUGCCUCGGAUGACAAGAGUGAGCUAGACAUGAUGGAGGGAGACCACACAGUGAUGUCUAAUAGUUCUGUCAUCCAUUUAAAACCUGAGGAAGAAAAUUACAGAGAAGAGGGAGAUCCUAGAACAAGGGCAUCAGAUCCACAAUCUCCACCCCAAGUAUCUCGUCAUAAAUCACACUACCGUAAUCGAGAACACUUUGCUACUAUACGGACGGCAUCACUGGUUACAAGGCAAAUGCAAGAACAUGAGCAGGACUCUGAGCUUAGAGAACAAAUGUCUGGCUAUAAGAGAAUGAGGCGGCAACAUCAAAAGCAGCUGAUGACUCUGGAAAAUAAGUUAAAGGCUGAGAUGGAUGAACAUCGUCUCAGAUUAGACAAAGAUCUUGAAACACAACGUAACAAUUUUGCUGCAGAAAUGGAGAAACUUAUCAAGAAACAUCAGGCUGCUAUGGAAAAAGAGGCUAAAGUGAUGGCCAAUGAAGAGAAAAAGUUUCAGCAACAUAUUCAGGCCCAACAGAAGAAAGAACUAAACAGCUUUUUGGAGUCCCAGAAAAGAGAAUAUAAACUUCGAAAAGAACAGCUUAAGGAGGAGCUGAAUGAAAAUCAGAGCACCCCAAAAAAAGAAAAACAGGAGUGGCUUUCAAAGCAGAAGGAGAAUAUACAGCAUUUCCAAGCAGAAGAAGAGGCUAAUCUUCUACGGCGUCAGAGACAAUACCUAGAGCUGGAAUGCCGUCGCUUCAAGAGAAGAAUGUUACUUGGGCGCCAUAACUUGGAACAGGACCUUGUCAGGGAGGAGUUAAAUAAAAGACAGACUCAAAAGGACUUAGAGCACGCCAUGCUGCUGCGACAGCAUGAGUCCAUGCAAGAACUGGAGUUCCGCCACCUCAACACAAUUCAGAAGAUGCGCUGUGAGUUGAUCAGACUGCAGCAUCAAACUGAGCUCACUAACCAGCUGGAAUAUAAUAAGCGAAGAGAACGAGAACUAAGGCGAAAGCAUGUCAUGGAGGUUCGACAACAGCCUAAGAGUCUGAAGUCUAAAGAACUCCAAAUAAAAAAGCAGUUUCAGGACACCUGCAAAAUCCAAACCAGACAGUACAAAGCAUUAAGAAAUCACCUACUGGAGACUACACCAAAGAGUGAGCACAAAGCUGUUCUGAAACGUCUCAAGGAGGAGCAGACCCGGAAGUUAGCCAUCUUGGCUGAACAGUAUGACCACAGCAUUAAUGAAAUGCUGUCCACCCAAGCUCUGCGUUUGGAUGAAGCACAGGAAGCAGAGUGCCAGGUUUUAAAGAUGCAGCUGCAGCAGGAACUGGAGCUGUUAAAUGCAUAUCAGAGCAAAAUCAAGAUGCAAGCUGAGGCACAACAUGAUCGAGAGCUUCGGGAACUUGAACAGAGGGUCUCCCUCCGCAGGGCACUCUUAGAACAAAAGAUUGAAGAAGAAAUGUUGGCUUUGCAGAAUGAACGCACAGAACGAAUACGAAGCCUGCUGGAACGUCAAGCCAGAGAAAUUGAAGCCUUUGACUCUGAAAGCAUGAGACUAGGUUUUAGUAACAUGGUCCUUUCUAAUCUCUCCCCUGAGGCAUUCAGCCACAGCUACCCAGGAGCUUCUGGUUGGUCUCACAAUCCUACUGGGGGUCCAGGACCUCACUGGGGUCAUCCCAUGGGUGGCCCACCACAGGCUUGGGGCCAUCCAAUGCAAGGUGGACCCCAGCCGUGGGGUCACCCCUCAGGGCCAAUGCAAGGGGUACCUCGAGGUAGCAGUAUGGGAGUCCGCAAUAGCCCUCAGGCUCUAAGGCGGACAGCUUCUGGGGGACGGACGGAGCAGGGCAUGAGCAGAAGCACGAGUGUCACUUCACAAAUAUCCAAUGGGUCACACAUGUCUUAUACAUAACUUAAUAAUUGAGAGUGGCAAUUCCGCUGGAGCUGUCUGCCAAAAGAAACUGCCUACAGACAUCGUCACAGCAGCCUCCUCACUUGGGUACUACAGUGUGGAAGCUGAGUGCAUAUGGUAUAUUUUAUUCAUUUUUGUAAAGCGUUCUGUUUUGUGUUUACUAAUUGAGAUGUCAUAGUAUUUGGCUGCCGGGUUUUGUUUUUUUGUUUUUGUUUUUUAACUUUCGGAGAAAUUUUGAAAAGGGGAAUAGAUAUGUAUGUGUGUAUACAUAUACAUACACACACACACACACACACACAUACACACACACAUAUAUCUCAAGCAUGUGGUUACAAGAAAUUGGCUAGUUAGGGGGUAUUUUCUGAACACUGCAAAAAUAGAAUGCAGGAAUGUGUCUUGAGUCAUCACUUUGGGGCAAUUAUAUCCUAAGAAGGUCGUGAAAAAAUCUAAAGCCUUUCUCCAUACCCCAAAUUCUUAUAAGCUACUCACAGCAGGCAGCAUAUGCUGAAACAAGUUAUUAUGGAAACACAUCUGUGUCCCCUCACCAAUGUAUUUUCUUUAUUAAAUUGGUCUGACUUCUCAGCCUCAUUUGGAGUGAAAAAGAAUGUGGAAAUCCAUGAACACUAAAGGGUUCCAUUGACUUUUUCAGAGAGUAGAAAACAAUUUAGUUCUUUUUCUGAAUGCUGCAUAGAUUUGUCAGUGAUUUUUUUUUUUUUUUUUUUGGUCCAUUCAAUUGUGCCUUUUUUGUGGCAUGGUGAGAUGGGAGGUGUAAGGAGAUGACAAGUUGUGUGGGAAUUGCAUCAACGAACCUGUGAGCCUUUAAAGGGGAAGACCAGAAGGGUGAGAGAGACCCCUGAAAGUUCAUAUGGUGGGUAUGUUCAGCAGCAUAGUGAAGAGAUGAAGCCUCUAUAUCCUGACGUUUUGUUGCUUAUACUGUGAUAUCUUAUCCUAGCUAAGCUCUAUAACUCCCAAGACCCCAAACAGUACUUUUACUUUGUACAGAAACAAAGAACAUAUAGCCAAUACAAAUCAAAUGCCAGAGAGUUUUGAAUGAUGCCAUAUUUGCAAACUGCCAUCUAUUGGAAUUCUCACCACACUACAUAGACAUAAUUUGAUUACCCCUUUUGGCUUAUGGGAUUUCCUGUUUACAAGUAGAAUAGCCAAUUAUUUAAAUGCUUAGUUGCCAUAGUGAACCAGGAGUCACUGAGCCAAUGACUUUACCAGCUGCUGACUAAUCCUCAUCACCACUGUAGAUUUUGCUGCAUGUGCAGGUCCUCUUUUUUUUUUUCUUUUUUUUUUUAAUUGCUGUUUUUGUUGCUGCAAUACUUUACAAACUUCUAGUUCCUUGAGACUUAGUGACCAUUUGGCAUCAUGUUAACAUCACACAACAGGAAACACCACUUCCAGAAGUCUCUAGCCUCAGUGCUAAAGUACUACUGAAAAGGAACUAGCAAGUUUGGCAAAUUUUAAAAAAAAAGUAAAGUAAGUUAUAGUGGUCAGGGAAUCUCUUGACAAAUGCUAACUUUUUUUUUUCCCACAGAGGGGUGUGUUUUGUUUUGUUUUGUUUUGUUCUGUUUUGUUUUGCAAUGAAGGAUCAACCCAAUGCUGAAAGUUAGAUGUUACUUGGUAUUCCACUGCUAGUGUGGAAAUUGAGUUGAAGGUGGGUAGGAAGCUGUGAGUAUGACUUGAAGGAAAAAAACUUUCUUUUCAGUGAUAAAUCAGAGUUUCUUACAAGUUGUCUUGACCCCUCCCUUGUCUUGAAGAACCCUUGCUGCUGACUCUGGAUCCUGCUUUUUGUAAUAGUCAGAGAACUCCAAGGUAGAAUUUUCUGAGUCCCUCUCAAUGAUACUCUUCACCUAGACCAGGCUAAUGACCAAACAGUAAUCUAUAAUUGUUGAAAUAUUGGCUUUCUCAACAAAAUUUAAGUCUUCCCCAGGUAUGUCAGUCUAAUCUCCAUGAAUCCUCCCCUUUAGGAGUUUCUGGCAUUCAUUUAAAGGUAACUAGAAGAAAAAUUAAUAUUUUAAUGUAAAUCUUUUAAAAACCAAGAUCACAGUAGAAUUCACACACAAUUUUAGGCAGUGUUUCAGGUAGCACUCCGGUACAUUGUCCUCUUGGCCAUGCUUGAGAUCACCAGUUUUUAGGUGAACGUGACAUGUACUUCUUGUCUAUCUAAUGAAAGGAGCUUUUAAUUUUCUGUCAUUUUGCAUUCACCUAUUAUACAGUAUUUCAAACAAAUUGAGAUAUUUACCUAUUUGGAGGAAAAUGAUAGGAGAGAGCUUUAAAAUUAAUGUCCAAAAAUAUGAAUUUGAUACCUUUAAAAAAAUUCUUAUUAGGUCUGGCCCCUCUAUACUACUGGAGGCAUGGAAUAGGAGUGCAGCUCAGUUUUACAUACAAAACUCUUUAAAAUAAAAAAUACUACCAAUAAUACAUGUUAAAGUCCACUUGUGGACUUAAAUUAGUCAAAUUGAGUUAUUGAGUUCAUGCAGAUCAUAUGUACUUGUAAAAUUGUGAUUGAAUACUGACUCCAAAUGUCUAUCCAGUAGGUCUUUGUAUCUGAUUUAAUUGUGUGGCAACCAGUUUUACAUGUAGGCCAUGACUAUACCUGGAUUAUUCCAUUAAGUUCAUUUUAAUUAAAAUAUAUAUAGUUUGCAAAAAUGGUUCAACUUAAUUGAUUUGUGUGUGUUUGCAAGAUCUAACUUCUGAGGGAUAUCAUACAUGGUAGGAAUUAUCAAAGAGUAAAGCUUGUAGCAGGAAAAUUUGAAAGGUUUUGAGAGAUUCUGAAGAAAGAAGCAGGCACUUUCUGAAUCAGUGUACAGACGUCAACAUUUGAUCAAAUUACUACUACCUCUUCCCCAUUGUUGGUGUUCACUUGAUAUAUAUGUGUUUAAGAAAAUAAAAAGUAUGGGAUAUUUG